CAAUGAAACAAAAGCGAUAAGAUAAGCCAAUAUGAACCAAAAUCAUUAUCCCAUGUUUUUGAGUUUUCAAUUUUUCAUCAUUUCUCAAUUUCCAUGACCAUGGAAGCCACUGCCACUUUAUUCACAUUUUCCCUUCCAACCACAAAAACCAAAUCUUUUCAAUUCCUUAACCGACCCAUUAACCCAUUCAACCCACCCACCUCCUUCAAACCAACACCCACUUUCAAAACCCACCGUUCCCUCCCUUCCAUCAACGCCGCUAUCUCUCGCACCAGAAAAGAAGAAACCGUUGAAACCGUUAGAGAACAGCUCGAAAACUGUUACCUCCUCGCCGGAAUCAACUACAAAGGCUUCACAGUAAAGCAAUUUCAAGACCUAAGAAAAACCCUACCGGAAACAACCAAACUUAUCGUUGCCAAGAACACGCUUGUUUAUAAAGCACUCGAAGGAACUCAAUGGGAAAUGCUGAAACCUUGUAUGAAAGGUAUGAAUGUGUGGCUUUUCGUUCACACGGAAGAGAUUCCUUCUGCUAUUAAACCUUAUAGAGAUUUUCAAAAGGAGAAGAAGCUUGAAGAGAAUGAUUUCACUGGUGCUGUUUUUGAAGGGAAAUUUUAUGGUCCUGAUGAGUUUAAAACACUUGAAACAUUGCCAACACGUGCUCAGAUUUAUGCUAAUUUGUUGGGUUCUUUGAAAAGUCCUGCUUCUGUUUUGGUUUCCACGAUUCAGGCACCUGCUAGAGAACUUGUUAUGGUUCUUAAGGCACAUAUUAAGAAUCUUGAAGAACAGGCCCAGGGUAGUGCUGCUCAAUAGAUAAGUUCUUAAUCUUAUUAUUUUGUAUUUAUAACAUUACAGUGUGCCCUUUUGUUUAUUGCAUUUUAUUUUUUAGUAUGUAUGUUUAUGUUUCCACCGAUUAAGUGUACAACUGUACAUUGAUGCCUAGUGCUUUUAUCAGAAAAUGUAGAAUGGUGCCAAAAUUUUAAUUUUUUUUCUUAAAUUA